GGUCCCUCCCGCGGGCACGAGCCGCCCGCCCCCGCCUCGCCCCGUGCUCGGUCCCUCCCGCGGGCACGAGCCGCCCGCGCCCGCCCCCCGGGGCUGCCAGUUGUGGUGGGAUGUAUUCCUGGAGAGUUCAUGGCGUGACAGUCUGUUCCUUCAAGAUGAAUGUUUAAUUCCUGGAGACUCCAGCUGUCCCCUGUUAUCUUGGAGAGGAAAUGGCUGCUUGUCUGCUGCUUGUGCUUACGCUGGCUUCUGCAGAAGGUGUGACGUUUCGCUUUGCAUCCUAUUAUGGUGACCACAUGGUAUUACAGAAGAAACCAGCCGGCGCAGUGGUAUGGGGCUACGGGGAAUCUGGCGCUAAUGUUACCCUGUCUCUUUCCAAAGACAGCAAAGUAAUAAUGAAGAAAAUGGCACAAGUUGAAGAGCACUUGGAGACCUGGAAAGUUGUACUGGCUCCUAUGGACCAUGGUGGCCCUUAUAGUGUGAUGGCAGAGCAGCAUUCUAGGGAAGAGCCAAAGAAUCUGACGCUGCGGGAUAUCUACUUUGGAGACGUCUGGCUUUGCAGUGGGCAAAGUAACAUGGAGAUGACAGUUUCCCAGAUACUCAAUGCCAGUAAGGAGCUCUCCGAGGCAUCUCUCUAUCCAUAUAUCCGUGUGUUCACGGCCGCUCUUAUUCAGUCUGAAGUGGAAUUGCAGGACCUGGCUAAGAUUGACUUGGAGUGGUCUAUACCGACAGCUGAAAACUUGGGUCACGGGAACUUCAGCUACUUCUCAGCUGUGUGUUGGCUGUUUGGCCGUCACUUGUAUGAGAUGCUCCAGUACCCCAUAGGAUUGGUGGAGUCCUCCUGGGGAGGGACCUGCAUUGAGGCCUGGUCCUCAAGAAGGGCGCUGCACGAGUGCGGGCUCAAAGGCGACGCCAGACGGUUUCUUCUUCCCACGCUGCUUUCUGGCCCUGACAUGCCCUCUGUACUCUGGAACGCGAUGAUCCACCCGCUCCUCAACAUGUCCCUCACGGGCGUUAUCUGGUACCAGGGUGAAACAAACGCCUUCAUAAACACAGAUCUGUACAACUGCACAUUCCCGGCUCUCCUCACGGACUGGCGCAAGGCCUUCCACGCCGGGUCUGAUGGGCAAACGCAGCCGCUCUUCCCCUUCGGGUUUGUCCAGCUAUCCACGUUCCGCCGCCAGGACUGGGAUGACAGUUUCCCCCGCAUUCGGUGGCACCAGACCGCUGACUACGGCUAUGCGCCCAACAAGAGAAUGCCCAACACCUUCAUGGCCGUGGCGGUGGAUCUGUGCGACGAGCUCUCGCCCUACGGCAGCAUUCACCCCCGGGAUAAACAGACCGUGGCAUAUCGGCUGCACCUGGGAGCCCGAGCUGUGGCAUAUGGAGAGAAAGACCUGGUCUUCCAAGGCCCAUAUCCUACAAAAGUCGUGGUGGAUGGAACCAGGGGCCUCAUUAACAUCACGUAUAGCCAGGAACUCCAGCUGCUUCUAAUGCACGACCGCAUCUUUGAGGUGUGCUGCUCUCACGGGCCCCAGCUCUUGGCGCAGGAGCCGUGUCAGUGGCUUCCAGCACCCAUGCUGUCUGCAUCUGCCCACACAGUGACGCUGUCCGGCCCUGGCUGCAGGGACGCUGCCACCCGGCUGCGCUAUGCGUGGGCAGAGUGGCCGUGUGAAUACAGACAGUGUCCCAUUUACAACAAGCACCUGCUGCCAGCACCUCCCUUUCUUAUCGACUCUCUGCAUUAGGAACAGGCUGGACCAACGGCUAGGCGGCUGUAGGCACACAGCCAGGGUCUGAGCAAAUUCAUGCUCCAUUUUGGUAAAUUUCAUGCUCACAGGAUUUUUAAAAUCUUAAAUUUCACAAAAAGAACAGGAGGACUUGUGGCACCUUCGAGACUAACCCAUUUAUUUGAGCAUCAGCUUUCGUGAGCUACAGCUCACUUCUUCGGAUGUGUCACGAAAAGCUCACGAAAGCUUGUGCUCAAAUAAAUGGGUUAGUCUCUAAGGUGCAGCAAGUCCUCCUUUUCCUUUUGCAGAUACAGACUAACACGGCUGCUCCUCUGAAACCUUAAAUUCACAGUUUCAGAUAUUUAAAUCUGAAAUUUCACAGGGUUGUAGCCAGGGGGGUCCUGACCUAGAAGGGGGAAGGUCGGGAGCGGUCGCAAGGCUCCCUUGUAGUGGGGACGCGGUAUUGACACCCUUACUUCUUCGCUGCUGCUGGUGACGGCGCUGCCUUCAGAGCUAGGAUCCCAGCCAGCAACCGCGGAGCUUCCUGCAGCCAGGGGAGAUUCCCAGAGCCCCCAGCAGCAGGCCGUGCAGGGGUAGAGGAAGUCCCUCCUGUCCCUCCCCAGCCCAGCCGGGUCUAGCAGCUGGAGCCCAGCACAAGAUAAGAGCCCCCAGGCAGGGCACCCCCAGCCCUGCCCCUCCCCAGCUCCAUGCCCAGCACUUGGGGCUUAUAGGGCCGUUGGGCUGGCUGUGUGUGGAGGGGGGGAAUGACCAUGGCGCCCUUAGCAGUUGCUCACAUCAUGCACCCGUAAGGCCGGCCCUGCCUCCCUGCAAAAAGUAACAAACCCUCCCACCUCAUUAUGCCACCCUCACUUCUGUGCUGCUGCUGUGUGGCACUUCAGAGCUGGGCGGCCAGAGAGUGGAGAGCAGCGGCUGGUGGCUGGGCACCCAUCUCGGAAGGCAGCGCAGAGGUAAGGGUUGCAAUCCUGUGACCCUCCCCCCACAAUAGCCAGAUUUCACGGGGGAGACCUGAUUUCUCGAUAUGUGACGUGGUUUUCACGGCUGUGACUUUGGUAGGGCCCUACUCAUAGCCAAUGAACGCUUCCCCUGUCAUUUUAGGCUGAGAUUCCCAAAGCCACCUGAGGACUCUGGAUACCCAUUAAAAUGAAUGGAAAUUGGACGUCCAGAUCCCCUGGGUGCUUUGGAAAUCACAUUGAUUCAGAAACAGCUUCUUCUUUAUACCACAACGCCAUGGGUUUGGUUAGUCUAACCAGUGCCUUAACUGUAUUAUGCAGGCUUUCCUGGACGGGGUCAGACCUGGGGUAAGUCCAGCCAAGUGUCCUGUUUAAUUAUAGCCAGUCCUCAUCUCAUCAGAGGAAUGGGCAGGGCACCCCCCUGGUGUCCUGAGGUGGAAUUACCUGCCCCCAGGAGAGGUGUCUACCUGGCCCCCAGCACAGAAUCAUAGAAUAUCAGGGUUGGAAGAGACCUCAGGAGGUCAUCUAGUCCAACCCCCUGCUCAAAGCAGGACCAACCCCAGCUAAAUCAUCCCAGCCAGGGCUUUGUCAAGCCAGGCCUUAAAAACCUCUAAGGAAGGAGAUUCCACCCCCUCCCUAGGUAACCCAUUCCAGGGCUUCACCACCCUCCUAGUGAAAUAGUGUUUCCUGAUAUCCAACCUAGACCUCCCCCACUGCAGCUUGAGACCAUUACUCCUUGUUCUGUCAUCUGCCACCGCUGAGAACAGCCAAGCUCCAUCCUUUAGAUAUUAGAUACUAAAGGAUUGGCAACAGCAUGAUUAUUGGGUAAAAUCUGAGUGUUAUAUUGAGCUGGAUAUGUGGCUGGCCCUUCGGGAUCAGAAGAACCCUUUGUUUGAUGAAAUGGGUUUUAAAUAACCACUCACCAUUAAGUCUAGUGUCUGGGUGUUGAACCAAGGACUGGAAUACCUAAGGGGGCUGCAUUUCUGACUUCUUGUUGUCCACAGUUUACUUUUGUUGCUGGUUUGGUAUAUCUUAUGGGAGAAUAACCACCAGUUAGGGUUUUCAACUUUCUAAUAGCACAAAACCAAACACCCGUGCCCUAUUCCCUGCCCCAAGGCCCCGCUCCUUCUCCAAGGCCCUGCUAUCUGCUCACUCAAUCCCCCCCUCCCUCUGUCGCUCGCUGCCCCCCACCCUCACUCACCUUCACUGGGCUGGGGCAGGGAGUUGGGGUGUAGAAGGGGGGUGAAGGUUCUGGCUGGGGGUGCUG